GUGAUGCAUUUAAGGACCUGAGCAAUUCGAAAUAUCACAGUCGAGCUUUCAUAGGUAGUGGGUGUUUAUUACUCUUCUAAGUAAUUUCUACAGUAUUAACUCAUGCAAUACCUCCAUUCUGAAAUAUAAAUACAAAAAUAUAUUGAAAGAGGAAAUACAAUACAUUCUUUAAGAAGCAUAGAUAUUAAAUGCUACCCAAAGGACAGGAAAUUCUUACAAGCCUUUUGACACGUUUAAGUAAAUCAGGCCGGCUCCGUCAUUUUUUCUUAAGAGGUGCAUUGAUCGGGACACAUUAUACCAUAUCCAAACAAUUGAUCAUUUAAUAACAAUCCUUUUCAUCUCCAUUGGAAAUUAGAAUUACGUUGCAGUUGCUGGCAAGGUGCACAACUCUGCAAAAACAUGUCGAAGGCUAAGGCACAACAACCUGCUGUGAUCCACAAAGUCAUUAUGGUUGGUAGUGGUGGUGUUGGCAAAUCUGCCCUCACCCUACAAUUUAUGUAUGAUGAGUUUGUUGAAGAUUAUGAACCAACCAAGGCUGAUUCCUACCGUAAAAAGGUUGUCUUAGAUGGUGAAGAUGUUCAGAUUGAUAUUCUUGAUACAGCUGGCCAAGAAGAUUAUGCUGCUAUCAGAGACAAUUAUUUCCGUAGUGGAGAGGGUUUUCUCUGUGUUUUUUCAAUAACUGAACAAGAGUCUUUUCAGGCAACAGCUGAAUUCCGGGAACAAAUUCUAAGAGUUAAAAAUGAUGACAAUAUUCCAUUCCUACUAGUUGGCAACAAAGCUGAUCUUGAAGACAAGCGUCAAGUCAGUGCAGAUGAAGCUAGUCAGAGAGCUGUCCAGUGGAAUGUGUCUUAUGUAGAAACUUCAGCUAAAACUAGGGCUAAUGUUGAUAAGGUAUUUUAUGAUUUGAUGAGAGAAAUCAGUUCUCGGAAAAUGGCUGCCAGUCGACAAAAUAAUGGCAAGAAGCACAAUGGAGACCGACGCAAGAAGAAGUGUAUAAUUCUUUAACUGUGAGCAAGAGCAGUUGAUCACUGACUAUAUUUCUGGUCCUUUUCCUUGCUUAUCCUCCUUUCCUUCCAUCUUGUUGGUCCACCCACUCUUUUGGUUCAUCGACUACCAUAACCUAGGCUAUCACCUCCUCAUCUCAACUGUUCCCUUGUGCAUGUGCAAGGAAGUGUGUGUGUGUGUGUGUGUGUGUCUUUGCUUGCUUGUGUGCAUUGAUGCAUGCACUUUGCAUCUGUCAGUAUAAAUUUGCUAAACUUACACAUCAAUGUGACAGACUGUAUCAGUGUGAUAGACUCUGAAUACUUUAUACAAUUUCUUCCAUUUUUCUCAGGAGGAGAUUAAAGCUUUUCUUUUGCAGCUUAUGUUUGCAGAAAUGCAAAAAAAUAAACUUUUUUAUGCAACAUAGAGACUUAAUCUCUCUCUCUCUCAGUGGAACACUAAGCACACUCACUGCUGAAUCUGACAUUUCUUUCUUUUUUAAAUAAAAUUUAAGACUUCUUGUUGUGUUGGAAGAUAAAGCCAUUGAUUUAUAUGAAUAAUAAAGUGGCAGCAAUAAUUAUAUUACCAAUAAUUAUAAGGUUCAAACCAGGCAACUAAUAAUGAGGAAAUGAAAAGUGGAGAAAAGACUCAGUUCCUGCAGAAAUUUCGAUUCUAGCAGUGUGUGUUUGUGUGAAAUUAUACUAUCUCUGUUAGGGGCAGGUAAUAGGAUGGUAUUAUUGACACUGAAGAUGUUGUGAGGAGUGGGGAACUCUUACUCAUAACAGGUGUGGAGAGAAGUUCUGUUAAUUAUCUGUAACUUAGAGGGAAAAGUGGCUUAAAUUCUGUUAUUUUGAAGCUCAUCAAUUUCAAAUUUGUUGUACCCUAAUAGCUUUUGAUUUCAGACCAGACAUUCAUUUGUUAAACAUUUUUUCUUCAGUAAGAGUAAAUUCCCUCCUUCCACAAUCUUAGUCAUUUGAUAAGUAAAAAUGUUUUCAAUAGCACCUGAUUAAUAUAUUGUUGUUGAAAUAAUAAAUAACUUGGCCAGUUCUGUGAUGAGACACUAUUUAACUUUGAAUGAUAGUGAUACAUUUUGCUGCUAGCAUUUGAAAUUCUUCUGGAGUAUUGGAAAUUGCUACUCAAUGUUUGCAUCUCUUCCAAGUCCAUUCAGUGAGUUGAUGGCAAAAUAUCAUAUACUUGAUUUGUUUUCCUUUUGAGUAAAUAUAGAAUAAAAGAAUGCAUUGAAAUUUAUGCUAUUUGAUGAUGUUUUGUGAUGUUUGCUAACCAUCUCUAAGAUCUAAAAAGAUGUAUUAUUUUUCUUGUUUCUAAUAAUUGUGGUUGUAGAAGCUCAAAGUGAUAAUAUAAAUAAUUAUGUGAGAAAGAAUUUUGAAAAUAAGUGAAACAAUUGCCAUCAUACAAGUUGACUGGCCAUUUGAUAUGCAAGAUAUAUUAAAAGUGAAAAUUAAAUCAAAUUAACAAAAUAAAGUAUGAUAAAAGAGAAUUAAUUUGACUGAGAAAUCUCUGCCUUCAUCUCAAUCUCCUUAAUAAAAAAAUGUUUAAAUCCCUCAUUUUGUAGAUUUUCAUUGCAGCAUUUACUUGUUUAACAUUUAAAUGAAGUUGGAUGUUUUCAUAUGGACCAUAUACUAUACGAAAUUUUUGUUUACAUUCCUUGUUUUCUACAAAAUCUUCUUUUAAGAAAAAAAUACUAUCUGAAAUCUGUGAAUGCAUAUCUUGUUUAUUACUAUGAGGUGAUGGAGGUAUGAUUCUAUCAUUACAUCAAUUCUAUUAGCUGUCUUUUACAAUAUUUCUAUUUGUCUUUUAAAACUUUCUAUACACCUUUUUUUUUUUACCAUACUUUCACUCAACAUACACAUUUAUUUAUUUACUGAUUGCUAGUUAUCAAUCCAAAAUCUUCAUGUGAGUACUUGCAGCCCAUUGUUUAUCGAAAAAGUUUAAGUGUGUUUGUGUUGUGAUUCUAUUGAAAUCCUGAAGCUGUACAUAAACUAAGCAUAGACUGCAAAAUUUUUUCAAUUCUAUGUAUUUAAGGUUUACUUAAUUGCUCAUUUAGCAUUACUUAUCCAGUCUUACUAAAAAUAACUCCUGAUCAGCCACAAUAAAUGAACUUCUAGUAACAAUUUCUUGGCAUAGUCUUAUUUUUUAAUGUUUUUUUCUCUAGCCUUAUCAGAACUUUUUUGUUUUUAAAGUCUUGAGACAUUCAGCUAUUUGUUUUCCAGGCGAACAGAAUUUCAUUUUGUGUCUAUAUAGCAAAAUAGAAUUUCAUAGAGAUGAUAAAACACAUCAUACCAAAUACGUUGUCCGCAUAUGCAUGAGUGUGUGUGCGCACACACACACUCUCUCUUUCUCUCUCUCUCUCUCUCUCUCUCUCUCUCUCUCUCUCUCUCUCUCUCUCUCUUUCUCUCUUUCUCUCUCUCUCUCUCUCUCUCUCUCUUUGGAUAGUUGAUGUCAGACAUGAUCCUAAUACCAUUUUGUGUUCAAUCAUUAUUGUAAGCAGGUUUCAACAUAGUCUUGAACAAUUAUCAAUUAUCAGUCAGAAAACUGGUCGAAGGGAAGCAAUAAUUGUCUGAUCAGAUUAUGUAGUUGAGAGUGGGAAAAGGACUUAUUGUGCAGAAUAAUGACUAGUCAGUUUUUGGUGUGCAUGUGUACUUAAUACUUUUUAUUUUCGUUUGUUUUAAAAAUGAUAUUAAAGCUUGAACAAGAUGAACUGCUUUUAAUUUUGGCAUUAGUUUACUGCGUUCUUAGUCACUAACCCUUUUAAAAACAGAAUAUUUAUUUUUUUGUCAUAAUAUUUUUGUCUCAAUAUAACCUUGGAAGCUUGGCUAUUCUUUGCCUACCUAUUUCCAUAUAUUUGUGUAAAUACCUUUCACUCAGCUUUUCUUCACCUUAGCUCUUUGCUCAUGACUAAUUUGACUCUAUUUUCUCUCUUUUCAUUGUCCAUCCAUCUAUCCAUCUCUUUUUCUUCCCCUCUGUCUCUCUUACCUUUUUUCUUUUUUUUAAACCAUAACUUAAAAUGAUUUUUUUGAGGCUUUAUAUCUGACCAGUCCUAAAAGUAUGAAAUGGCAUUAUAGUCAGAAAUUUAUGCAUUUUUAAAAUUUCAAAUAUAAUAAACAUUGCAAUGGAGUGAUAACUA